AUGGAAAACACCAGAACAAGCCCCUUCCAGCAUUACACUCUAUAUCAGAAGAUGGCAGAGCUUACGGUCCUCUAUGAGAAGCAAGGCUAUCUAACCAGCAUUCCUAUACUCAGCUCCAAGGAGCUGCAGCAGGCUAGAGAUGCCUUCACCAAACUGGAGAGGAAAUUUGGAGAGCACUACACCUCUUAUAACCUGCAUAAUGUUCAUAUGGAAUAUGACUGGGUCAGGGCACUAACCAAACAUCCCAAAGUCCUAGAAGUGAUUACAACUGUCCUGGGUCCUGAUAUCCUCCUGCUGGAUUCCCAGUUCAUCUGCAAAUACCCGGUGUCAAAACUUGGUUUGCCCCACAGUCAAAACAACAAAAACAUGAUUCUUUACAGCCAAAGGAGGGACAAAUUCGAGCCUGAUCAGAAAAUGUCAAGGGCCUGGCAUCAAGACAUAAAGUAUUGGGCAUUCGAUGGAGGGCCAAUUGGGUCUGUCUGGCCUGCCUUGGAUGACUCUCUUGAGGACAAUAGUGCCCUGCAGGUCAUUCCAGGAACUCACUUCUCUGGCCUUCUGCCACAUCGGCAAGCCGAGUGUGCUGGUAACAUGCUUUCUGUCAAUUAAGAGAUUCCAGAGGAGCUGGUGCAGAAAGAGAAGGCUGUGCUCUGCCCCCUACUGGCUGGGCAGAUGUCUAUCCAUGAUAGACUUUUGGUUCACACUAGUGAUCCCAACAUGUCAGAUAGGAGGCACUGUAGCUUUGUGAUUUGCUAUGUUCCCACUGCAGCAUUUUCCAUUCAGGAUCCUGAAUGACCCAGCAGUUUCCCUGCUAUUGUCCUGGUUAGUGGAGAUGACAAGUACAACCAUUUCUCCAUCAAAAGUCCAAAAAUGUGAAUGAAUGAAUUGCUCAUAAUUACUAUUUAGUACAUAUUGAUCAUAUAUGUGAAAUUAAUGAGCUAUUUAAAUAUUUAAGCCUUAAAUAUUUAAAACCUUUACUGAUGGAAAUUGAUGAAAACUAGUUGUUUACAGAUGUGUGGAUAAAUCAUUUAUGUUGUUCCUAUGUGCUUUACUGGAU